UGUUGGGUUCCUGAGUGCAAUAAGAUCCAAUUCAAUUUCCAUUUCCAUUAAAAGUUACAGUAGCUAUAGCCAGGGAUUUAGCAAUUAAUUGUAGACCUCUAAGAUGAAAAAAAAAAAUCAGACUAAUAUUAAGUUGAAUCAUUCACUUCUAACACCUUUCAAAUCAUGGCAUGUUAUAAUGUCGAUCUCCCGCUGGCUGUUAAUUCUUUCUGCAGGAAGUCUAAGAAAAUAACUUGUCUACAUGGAUGAAGUCAUAUUGAAUUAUUCAAAAAUGCUUUCUAGCUGUAAUUUGUUAAUGCGUAAACUAUUUCUGCAUGCUUCCUUUGAUCUUCCCUCCUCUAAUCAACAACUAGGUUGAGUGAGAUGUUUUGCAAAAUGACAUUUCCUCCACAUGUUUGGUAGAAAAUAUUUAUUGCACCAGCCAUAGGGAACUGGGGUUUUACCAUGGAGCAGGAAAGUAAUGUUUAAUUUUCCAUUUAUAUAAAGCUGAAAUAUCUGUCAGCCAUUUUCAUGUUCAUAUGUGGAACCAUACUGAUUGACCAAGGGAUCUUCCAACUUUAAAAACUCAAGUUCUCUCGUCUAUAGGUAGCAAACAACCUUCUUUCUUCCUACAUUCAGCUCUUUACCUUAUUCCUUUUAUCACUUUUAGAAGAACAAGAAACCAAAAGCAUUGAUCCUUUGCUCGUCAAAGCAUUAAUCCUUCAACACGUACAGACAGGCCCGGCAAAAGCACUGAUUCAGUCCUCUGCCUGCAAUUUUGUCAUCAAAGUGUUGAUUGAUAACUGAAGACUGCUUUUCAUUGUACUGUUUGAUCUUUCUUGAUAGCCCCUUGCCAAUGGUGAAGACCGAGCACAAGAUCCAAUCAGUGCAAUCAAAGCAAAAGAUAUCAUCAUCAACAUCUCCAAAAUCAUCAUCAUCCUGCGAAAAGAAGAAAUACAAGGGUGUAAGAAUGAGGAGCUGGGGCUCUUGGGUGUCAGAGAUUAGGGCUCCAAAUCAGAAAACAAGAAUUUGGUUAGGGUCUUAUUCUACAGCAGAAGCAGCUGCUAGAGCCUAUGAUGCUGCACUUUUAUGCCUCAAAGGUUCCUCAGCAAAUCUCAACUUCCCAAUUACAUCCUCACAUUACAUUCCUGAUACCAUUAUGUCUCCUAAGUCAAUACAAACAGUGGCUGCAGCAGCUGCAAAUAGCUUUGUUGACAAUGCCACCAGCCCACCAAUAUCUCCACCUCCUCCCUCCACAUCCUCAUCAUCAUCAGUCUCUUCCCCAUCAAUGUCCUCCUCACCCUCUUAUCAAGUUGAUGAUAAUGUGUCACUGGUACAAUCUCUUGUGGCUAACGACGAGCCUAUUUCUAUGAUGGAAUCAUGGUACUCCUUUGACAGCCUGCAAUCUCCCAAGUAUUUUGAUCAGAUGUUCAAUGUAGCCCCAUUUGAUCCACCGAUAAUGAUUGAUGAUUUUUAUGAGGAAGGUGAUAUUCGUCUAUGGAGUUUUUGCUAAGGCAAAAACAAAUUCAAAACAAAAGCAAAGUCAAGGCCUAUUGCACCAUUCUUUUUGUCCAAUCCUAUUCAUUGAUGAUCUUCAAUUGUUGCUUAAAGAUGUUACCGACAGUGACCAAAAUUCAUAUUUUAGCGUAUUUUGAGUUAGGAGAAGAAAUCCGCAUAGAGAUGAAAAUAUUUUUUUGGCAUCUAAAGUGGGGGUUUCUACAUAUUCAAUUUAUGUAUCAAUUAUAAAAAUUAAGUUUGUCGUAUUCAAUAUUAUCAAUGAUCAACUUACCUUUGUAAUGGAACAAAUAAGU